AUGGGUCCCAUGUAUAAGAAGCGGAAGGUGGUCACUACGAAAGUCGAGGAGGUCAAUUUCGACGACGACGCCCGCCAGGAAUGGCUCACUGGCUUUCGCAAGAGAAAGCUGCAGCGCAUCAAGCAGGCACAGGAGAUAGCCGAGCAGAAGUCCAAAGAGGAGAAGAGAAGUGAUCGCAAGAAGAUGCGCGAAGAGCGACAGGCCGAGUUCAACCGAGCGAUUGAAGAGCACAAAUUACAACUAAAGCGCCUCCGGGAGGAAGACAAGAGUGAAAACGACUCCGAGUCCGAGGAGGAAGAAGGCGAGGAAGGUUGGGAAGGCAUCGAAGAACCUCCCGCGGUGGACUACGAGGCCGAAUACAUCGACGAGGACAAAUACACAACCGUGACGGUCGAAGAAAUGGAUGCGUCCCGAGAAGGCCUGCGAAAGUCUGUGCGAGAAGACGAUUCAGAAGAGGAAAAGGAGAAGGAACCUGUCGUUGAGACAACCGAAACCGAGAAGAAGCCCAAGAAGUCCUGGAGAUCGAAUUCGGACAAGCCUAAAACGAAGAAGAAGAAGUUCCGCUAUGAGAGCAAGGGAGAGCGCAAGCUCACUCAAGCCAAGCAGCGCUUAAGCAAGUCCAAGAAGGCCACGGCUCGGAGGGAAAAAUGA